GUGGACGUUUGGGGGGCUUUAAAAGCAACAUGGGCUGGCUGUUUGCAGCCGGCCAGCCUGCACACACCAAGCCAGUAAGAGUUGGAUUUACAGUUUUCAGCACCUCUUCACCGGGGAACUCCACUCAUCCCUUUUGACGUCGUGAAGAGCCUCAAAUCUGAAGGAGGACACUUCUCCACCAUGCUGUACACUCUGGCAGGAGGAGGCACGCUGUGCGGCGUGGCGGCCCUCGUGCUCCUCAUCGUCUCCACGGCGACCGACUUCUGGAUGCAGUAUCGCUACUCGGGUAGCUCGGCCAAUCAGGGGCUUUGGAGGUUCUGCAUCAGCCACAAAUGUCACGCUCACACUAUAACCGUAGCAUUCUGGGACGCGACCCGGGCCUUCAUGCUGUUGGCCGUGCUCAGUUGUUUUGCUGGUGUGGUGCUCGGCCUGAGCGCUUUCACCAACGGAACCAAGAACAAGAGGGUCCGCAUGGGGGGCAUCGCCCUGGUUCUCUCAGGUUUCCUUGCUCUGUUGGCUCUCUCUAUCUACACCGGCGUGACCGUCACUUUCUUCGGCAAACGCUUCCUGGGCUGGCGGUUCUCCUGGUCCUACAUUAUCGGCUGGGUGGCCAUCAUCCUGGCUUUUGCUGCAGGUGUGUUUCAGUUGUGUGCUUACCAGAGAACAACUGCAGAACCUUCUCCCUCCAACGUCCCUGACAGCUGAACAUCAGCAGGCUGCUGCAAUACAAACGCCGCUCGUCGGUCGCCAGAAUAAAGACAAAUCAUAAAUCA